AUGAAGACUAUCGAUCUGGCAAAACAACAGUACGUGCAGUAUUGCUGUCGCAAAACAUUUCUCAGAGAUGACGAAAAGCACAGGUUGAAGAACAGCAUCCACCAAAGUAUGGUCGCAGCAAUUUCUGAGGCACCUUUGAAGAGCUUAUUUCAAAACAGCUGGAUGUUUGAUAUACUGAAAUCGACCCUAAUACACAAAGCAACCGAGAGCCGUGACCUGAUAUCAAUACAAAGAGCAUUUAGAAGUUUGGAAAAAUAUUUUCUACUAAUAGUACAGCAGCCGUGGAAGAUGGAAUUUCGAGAAAUAAAGAUGUAUGGUGGUUUCUACAGAACAAAAAUCAAAGCAGUUAUUGACGACUGUGAGCACAUCUUUGAGCGAGCUGGUUACAUGGUCCUUCCUGACAAAUGUACAAUGAUUUACAGAGGCCAGAUGGACAAGACCGUUCUUCUGGUCCUGGCGUUUGAUUGUAGACUGAGCCAUAUUCGAUGCAAAGCCAUAGCUGACCAGUAUGAUAAAAUGAGAAGUUUCUCAGUGACUCUUAGGGAUCUUUCAGAAAACACCAUGAUGGUAAAUUCUAAUAUAACAGCUCCACCGGCAGUGCCAAAACGUGAACCAAUCGUCAGUGCUCCAGUGCCGAGAUCAAACUUGAAACCAGAUACGGAAUUUUACAUAAGUAACGAUAAUACACUCAAGAUGAGUGCCAGAUUGGCCUUACCUCUAAGUACAUCACAUUUGCCGUUUGACCCAACACUACACAUUUGUCCUAACCCAGGACUACCCUCAAGUACUAUUUCGGAACCUCUGUCUUAUAUUGCCAGCGACACUGAUGAAAUAAUUCCAAGCUUGCCAGAAGGCACAUGUGAAGACCAUAUGCGGGAAUCGUUGAAACUAGUAAAACAGCAAAAAAUUCCACGAGCGCAGGUUUCAGAUGACUGGAAGUGGGUAAGCAGGAACAUCCCAACAAUGAGCAAUGCAUCCCAUUUUCAAACAGCAAACCCAUAUUCAGUGGACAUGACGCCAAACUUCAAACCGGAUCCCUCACGAGAUGAAGGGAUAGGCCUGUCCACAAUUAGUUCUUAUGGUACUCAACAGAUCUUGCCCAGCAAACACACUAACCUUCAGCAGGUUUCAUUCGAUCCAGGAAAUCCGGAAAGCAUCUACAGCCAGUCCUCAAUAAGCCUAAUGCAGAACUUGAAUAACCAGACGAUUUAUCUCCCUCCGAACAUUACAGCUGAUGGUACCACCCCUCCCUUGCCUAGGAAGGUGUCAUUGUCAAGGCAGAAUGCACUCCAGCCCCCUUUACCACCCAGAGCUUUGAAACCUACCCAGAAUGCACAGGACGAUUCUUUGUUUAGGCAACCAUAUUUACCUGAUCUUGUUAGUUAUAGUCAGUAUCCUGCUGUACUUCAGGCACAACUGUCAACUGUUGGACGGACAGCUCAUCCAACUCUGUCAGCUCCGGGAUAUUUACCCCUGCCUUGGACACACGAGGCGGAUUACAUAUUGCACCAUGAGCGACCUGCAGUGCAUAAAAGUAGUUCUUUAAAAGUUAGCAGCAAGGAUUCUCCUUUGUCUGAGCAGAUUGCCACAUCAAGACUCGCUCGUAGCAUGGAUAUGACUUUCUGGGAGUGUCCCUCGUGCUAUAAGCUGAACUCAUCUCCGAAUGUUGUGUGUUCUGUUUGUUCACAAACUUACUCUGGAAUUGAUGUAACUGUACCUGACUAUAACCAAGCGGAAGCCAUGUUUUAA